CGGUGUGGGAACUCUCGCGGUAUUUGCUGUGGACGGCUAGUGGGCUGCUUGGGCUGCUGCGGCUCCUUUUGUCGCCCGCGCUUCUGCGUUGCCCGGAGUGUCAGCCCAACAACAUGACUUCCGCUCUGGAGAACUACAUCAACCGUAUCCUCUGGCGGCCGCCGCCGGCGCGGGCCGGAGCCGUGUUACCAGGAACUGUUGCUGUUAUUACUUCUGAUGGGAGGAUGAUAGUGGGAACACUGAAAGGUUUUGACCAGACCAUUAAUUUGAUUUUGGAUGAAAGCCACGAAAGAGUGUUCAGCUCUUCACAGGGAGUGGAACAAGUGGUACUAGGGUUGUACAUCGUAAGAGGGGACAAUGUUGCAGUCAUUGGAGAAAUUGAUGAAGAAACAGAUUCUGCGCUUGAUUUGGGGAAUAUUCGAGCAGAACCUCUGAACUCAGUAGCACACUGAGGAAAAAUUACAUACAUUGGACAUCUGUAAAUCUUUGUACAGAAACUGAUUAUUCUGAGGAUGAUGUGUGGAAUUUUUAUAAACGUGUAAUUGUGCAAUUUUGACUAUUGAUUAAUUGUGAUAUAUGUAAAUUAUAAUAUUUUUACAUUUUGUUGAAUAAAGAUUUUUCUUGUCUAAAUCA